GUCCCUCCUGCGGUACGUUAGGUGGGUGAGUGGGUGAUGAGGCUGGGCGCGGCGGCUGGCUUCCAGAACACAACAGAAAAACCCCAUAUAACUCGUCAGCCUUCCUCCUUCCCCAGACUUAUACUCCCACAGCGGUUCCCCUUCACUCGCUAUUCUCCACUCUGCUCUUCGUCUCAGCGUCCAACACGAUCUCCGCAUCGUACAGUGGCCCACCACCACCAUGAUCACAACCGUAGCAAUGUGGCUCGGCCUCGCCUUUGCCCUCCCCAUCUACCUCUUUGGCUCCCACCACGGCAAGCCCCGCUCAAUCGAAGCAGGCUCCACCACCUCCUCCGACCGCUCAAAAGCCCGUCGCGCACCCAAAGCUGCCCAAAAACUCACAGAACGUCCUUACGACGACGUCAACACCGUUCAUGAUAUCAUCCUCCAUGCUGCAAAGACGCGCGGUAACAACCCGGCCAUGGGUGCUAGGAAGGUCGUGAAUACCGUUACGGAGGAGAAGGAGUUGAUCAAGAACGUGGAUGGGAAACAGGUCAAGGAGUUGAAGAAGUGGAACUUUUAUGAAUUGAGCGCCUAUCAGUGGAUGACCUUUAAUGAGGUCAAGGAGGCGGUUGAAUUGUUGGGGAGUGGACUCAGGAAGGUGGGGUUGAAGAGUGGCGAUAGCUUGACCUUGUUUGCUGCUACCAGUCGCGACUGGCAGCUGAUGGCCCACGCGGCAUGGUCGCAAGCCAUCACAAUCACAACCGCAUACGACACCCUCGGCGAAGAAGGUCUCACCUUCUCCCUCAACGAAUGCUCCAUCACGACCCUCUUCACCAACGCUGAUCUCCUCCGCGUCAUCCUCUCCGUCGGCAGCAAUGUGCCCACCCUCAGCAAGAUCAUCUACAACGGCCAGGCGGACGAGAAAAUUGUCGGGCAGAUCAAGCAGAAGUUCCCCCAUUAUGAGCUGUACUCGAUUGAAAAGUUGAGGGAACUGGGGACCCAGAAUAAGGUGGAGACUGUGCCUCCGAAGCCGGAGGAUAUUGCUUUGAUCAUGUACACUUCUGGCUCCACAGGCAACCCCAAAGGCGUCCUCCUAACCCACGCCAACAUCGUCGCCGCCGUCGGCGGCGCAAAAGACGUCACGGACACCAUCCUCAACCACGGCGAAGAGGUCUACCUCGCCUACCUCCCUCUAGCGCAUGUGCUCGAGCUGGUCGUGGAACAGCUGUGCCUGUGCGAAGGUUACCGCAUCGGAUACGGGAGCGUGAGGACACUGACGGAUGCGAAUGUGCGCAACUGUAAAGGCGAUUUGACUGAGUUGAGGCCGACUGUUAUGACGGGUGUGCCUGCUGUUUGGGAAACCAUCCGCAAAGGCGUCUCCAGCAAGCUCAAGAACGCCUCCCCGCUCCUCAAGACCGUCUUCCAAGUCGCCUCCGCCCUGAAAUGGGAGCUCAUCAAACUGGGCCUUCCCACCGGCUUCAUCGACAAGACGGUGUUCAAGAAGAUCCAGGAGCAGACUGGGGGCAGGUUGAAGAUUGCCCUGUCGGGGGGCGCGCCUAUGCCCCAGGAGACGCAGAAGUUUAUGACGACUUGUGUGUGCCCGAUUGUGCAGGGUUAUGGGAUGACCGAAACUUGCGCUGCAAGCGUCAUCCAACUCCCCGCGGACCCCUGGAUGCUCGGCCGCGUCGGCCCUCCCACCACCUGCGUCGAAAUCUCCCUUAACGCCGUCGCCGACACCUCCUACCACCCCUCCAACCGCCCCUACCCCCAAGGCGAGGUCUGGAUGCGUGGACCCACCAUCAUGAAAGGUUACCACAAGAACCCCGCUGCCACCACGGAGACCCUCACGUCGGACGGGUGGCUCAUGACCGGCGACAUUGGCGAGUUUUACCCCGAUGGAACGCUGGCGAUUAUCGACCGGAAGAAGAAUCUGGUCAAAUUGUCGAAUGGGGAGUAUAUCGCCCUGGAGAAGCUGGAGUCGCAGUACAAGACCUCACCCUACGUGCACAACAUCUGCGUGUACGCCAACUCCCACGAGUCCUUCCCCAUCGCGAUCGUCAACCCUCUCGAGAAGGAGGUGAUGCAUUUGGCAAAGGAGAAGGGAUUGGAGGGACACUUUGACGAGUUGUGCCACAACGAGGUGGUUGUAGGCGAGGUGUUGAAGAGUCUGAGAGCGGCGGCAAAGAGUGCCGGGUUCAAACCUGCGGAGAUUCUGGGGAGCGUGGUGCUGGAUAGUGAGAUGUGGACGCCGGAGAAUGGAAAGUUGACCGCUGCACAGAAACUGAAACGCGCGGAUAUCGUCAAGGAGAACAAGGACAAGAUUGACGCGAUGUAUAAAGCUGGACGGCAGUGAAAAAAUGCAUACGGGUAACCCGCCGCGAUCCCGAACUCGUUAGUCUAGAUCUUUUCCUCAUCCAUUGCAGAUCUUGCACCCAUGCGAUACCGCCUUCACCUUUCGUUAAACUACGCCCCCCCCCCCCCCACCUUUUUCCC